ACUACCUUCUGAGAAAACAAUGAAUACAAUGAGUACACUACUAACUACUCUCCAACCAUUAUGAAACACAAAUUUUUAAAGGACGGAAAAAUAAACAAACAAACUGAGCCACAAGCUUGAAUAACACCUCUACAUGUAUGAUGUAUGAUGUAUGUAAUAAAAACAAACAACUUAAACAAAGGAUUGAAGGUGGACCCCUUAAACAAAAAGUGUCUUGUUUUCUCCUUCAAUCUCCAUACUCCAACCAUGAAUUUCCUCCAAUGAACCCAUGCUUUGAACUUCAUCCUUACACUAUACUUUCUUCUUCCCCUUAGAAAAAUAUUCAUUUCACAAUGAAAAUGGCCUUACUUUCUUCAUCUUCAACCCCAUCUAAACUCCCAGCUAUCUCUUCUCCUAUUUCCAAAUUCCACAAUCUUAGCCAAAAACCUUAUCUUUUUCUUCUUUCUGGUGGAAAACCCAGAAAAACCCACCUUUUAGUUUCCCCUCUUAGAGUUUCAGCUUCUGAUAAUGGAGCUGGGGUUGUAAGUUCUUCUACUGCAACUAUUGUUGCUGAGGAGAAGGUUCUAGAAGCUUCCGAGGAAAAAGUAAGUGAGAAUUCUUUACCUAAAGUGGAAAAGAAAGAAGUAGAGGAAGAUGUGACUCCUGUUAAAGUUGAUGGUGAGGAAGUGAAGAAAUUUGAGAACCCAAAAUGGGUUAAUGGAACUUGGGAUUUGAAACAGUUUGAGAAAAAUGGUACCACUGAUUGGGAUGCUGUUAUUGAUGCUGAGGCAAGGAGGAGGAAAUGGCUCCAGACCUACCCAGAAUCAACCAGUAAUGAUGAACCUAUAGUGUUCGACACUUCAAUCAUUCCAUGGUGGGCAUGGAUUAAGAGAUUCCACCUUCCUGAAGCUGAGCUUCUUAAUGGUCGUGCUGCAAUGGUCGGAUUCUUCAUGGCUUAUUUUGUGGACAGCUUAACUGGUGUAGGACUCGUCGACCAAAUGGGCAACUUCUUCUGCAAAACCUUGUUGUUUAUCGCUGUUCUAGGCGUGCUGCUCAUCCGAAAAAACGAAGAUCUAGAUAACUUAAAGAAGCUACUAGAAGAGACGACUUUGUACGACAAGCAAUGGCAAGCAACAUGGCAAGAAGAGAGCAAUGCUGCAUCCAAGAAAGAUUAGCCUUUCUAGCUUAUCAGAUUUUUCUUCAAAAUAUCAUUUUGUUUGUAUUUUAAGGUUAGGAUUCUUUAAAUAUUGUAUCCAUGAAGAAUUGGUUAGCACCUUAUUUAUGUUUAAUACUAUAAUUUCAUGCUGAAUUUUGUAUCAUUCAGCAUAUUUGUAACUGCAAGAGAUAGAGCAUUGUUUGCCUUAGUAGUGUAUGUAUAAAACUUGUGGCUGGAA